AUGGACGCCGAUGCUACAGUCCGUAGCCUGGACGGCCUUGCAACAGCAAAGAGGAAAAGACCCCACGAUGGUAUUGAUGGGUCCGUUGACCCACCCAAGGACAAUGAUUUGGUGACAUCCCGUAGCAUCCCAUAUGGAGAGCCAUCCCUCGGUUACCAGGUCACCAAGAAAGCUCGUCUUGAGAACAUUUUGGAACCCCCGGAGCCGCCUUCCCACCCAGGAGGAACUUUACUUCGUGUUACAGAUCUUCCUCCCGAGAUACUGCAGCACAUAUUUUCUUUUGUUCAUCCAAUCACCCUUGGUCGUCUGCUUUCUGUCUGCAAGCUAUUCAGCACCCUGCUCGAUCCCAACCAGAAAACUCCGGUUCCCAGUCCGAGUGUCAAGCACCUUAGUCCUCGGAAGCCGAACGACAUCUGGGCCCGGUCCAGAACCUAUCAUCUGCCUAGCUACCCGCGUCCUCUGGAAUCUCUGACUGAGCUGGAGAUGUGGAGCCUCCUGCGUGUGCGUCGCUGCCAAUUCUGUCAUCGGAAGGCCAAGAAAGUACCAUCCUUUCUACAUGCUCGUCCCUGGAGCGGUGGUCCAGGCCCCGACGAUGUCCGCGCAAUAUGGCCCUUCCGUAUUCGCUCCUGUGGCGCUUGUCUGCAACCAAGACUUCUCCGGGAUAAGGACCUCCUGCUUUCAAAUUCUUCGUUUCUGCGACCUGGACUACCCUUUGCUGUCUUCACGCCUUCCUUCAAUUACGUGACCUCUGUGAACCUCGAGAAAGAUGAGCCACCGGCCAAGCUGCAGUUGACAAAGUAUUUUUACCGGCCGGAUGUGGACGAAUUGGAAAAUAGAGUCAUCGAAGUCCGAGGACUUGGAGAUGCCGUCGUCGAGGAAUGGUCCAAAGGUCUGGAAACAAGUGGAAAGGCACGACAAGACGAGGCAGCCCGCCUAGAAAAGUGGGAGCUCUCCUUCGCAGCACAGCUGCAUAUCGGACCGACCACUUUUUCUAUUCCGGAUUCUACCAUGCCCUCUAUAAUGACUCCGGAAACGCAUCUCUCAGCGCCCUCUCAUGCGUCCAGCACGUAUCAUAGCCACGAUGUUAGCAUGACAUCGCCACCCAGACCGUCUUCGGCUCAAAGUUCUCAACUCUCCGGAUUCACUACUGCUACAUCUCUUCCGCCUGGUCCAGAGAUGCCACUUCAGCCAUUCACUCCUGCACCGGGUCAGAGCCUGGCAUCCUUCGCUGUUCUCAGAACCGGCACUGGAUCUGGGAAGGCUGAGUCUGUUACCUCGUCAACAACUGCUCGCUCACAGUCCAAGCCUAGACCAAAGCCCCAAGAGGUAGAAAGGCUCAGAUGUGAGAAACGUGCAGACAUCGAGAUGAGAUGUCAGCGCCUUGAUCCCCCAAUCAGACCGUCAGUCUUGCCCUUCAUGAACGCAUACAACGCAGCAAUGCAGAUUUCCAUGCCUCUGAACGACGCCGCUUGGGAUUUACUGAAGAGUCGCUUGACAAGCGAGCGCGAAGAAGCUGAACACAGAGAAAGGGAGCACAUAAUCUCUCUGGAGGCGUCUCAACUGGCGGGGAACGAUCGCCGUGCCUUCGACGAGCGACGUCGGCUUGAAGGGGCAACCAACAGCCGAAUAUGGGCAGAGCUCGGCAUUCCACCGCGACAGAAGCUCAAAACGUAUGCGGACGAUUACAUCAGUUCUAUCUGGGAUGGUGGGCUUGCUGUUACUGCUGCAACAAGUGCCAAAUUUGCAGCUGAAGUCCUGCUACAUGUCAGGCGACGGUUUGACGAGGGAAUAGUCGAGGAGGAUAAGCUGCUUGCUUCCCGUGACAUGCGAAUUCCCGGCGAUUCAGGCAUCCCAGAGAUGCGCCGUCUUAAGCUGGAUGACAUGAAGUGGGUUUACGAAGAGUCUGUGAGGCCGCAUACCGAACGUUUUGGCAAGGAGACUUUUCUCUGCAGCACCUGCGAAAACACUGCAAAGCGGUUCACGUUCGAUGCCGUCAUCCAGCAUUACGCUGCAAAGCAUACAAAAGACCUGAGCAAGGGAAAUCAAGUUGUCCACUGGAAAGCGCAAUGGCCGCGCGACUGGCCUUUUCACACCUCUCCAGACUCCGUUUGGCACCGGCCGCCGCAUGCACGGUCACCCAUGCGGUUUCCAUAUGCUGCCUCUCCCGGACAGCCCUCCGAAGUACCAACUAUUCCACGAUCCCCGGCCUCUUCACUGGUUCGAAACUCCAUCUGGGAACCUGAUCAGCCCCCUCGACCUCGAAACCUCUACGAUGAGCACUGUGACGAGGUCUCGGAGGCAGCUGUGAGAGCUCUUGAUGCUACGGAGAACAUCAAGGGUUUACCGGACAGUGUCCGGCUAUACGUUAUCAUGCACUACGUGGCUCGCUUAUUCUGGAACAAGUUCCGCAUGGAUCCCAAGUUGCCCUUGUUCGCGGACUGUGUAAGUCAAAGGCCUCCUCUGAGGCAAAUCAAAGAUUUCCACGGCCUACGGUGCAGAGCAUGCCGGGUGGAAGGCCGGAAUUUCUCUGAUCAAUACUUGAGGGAAUAUUGGUUGACAGAUUUACUCGACCACUUCCAGAGGUGUCACAUACAACACUCUGUGGUCCCUGCUCCAGCAUAUCGGCCGUUGCAUGACCAUGCUGGUGGCAUAGUUAAUCAGCGCCUCGACUGGCUUUUUGAUAUGGUUGAGCUUCCCCACGAGCAGAUCAUCCGCAACCUUCAUCAGGUACCCGGCAUGGAUGCUGCAAAGUUUGAAAUGCUACGGAGUAUUUUCCCCGCGGUUUUCACACCAGUACCAGCUGAGGCGGCCCGGGCUAGCUCUCCAGCCAUCCAUGACCAGAUGAUCGCCUCUGAGCGUGGCGUUAGUCAUCAAUACUCACGGCCACGAUAUGUGGAUGAGAGUAUUCGCCAGUCCGAGUUGGCAGACUUCGGCUACAGAAGCCAAGGCGUCCGGCCAAUCUAUGAACACCAGUUCGACGGGAGCUUGGGUUUCGCGCCUUCUUCCUCGGAAUUUGUACGGCGUCCAGGUGAAUACCGCGACAGUUAUGGAGCACGCCGCGAAAUAGUGUAUUUUGAUGAUGCCCGGACGUCCAUGCAGAGAACAACUUAUCCUACCAUCAUUCGACAGUUUGAUGGUCAUGGAGCUGCACAGAGACCCAAAGUAUGGCACGAAGAUGAUGAUGCACGUUAUGAGGGCCGACACAGCUUACCCCUAUCCCGCGGCCCCGCGGAUGCGUCCCGUGGCUUGCCGUUCCGUCCACAUCACUUGGAAAUGGUAGGUGAAGCGGAAGAUGCAGAGCUUGAGCCCGGCCAUAGUCCCCAUACCGGCAUUAUUCAUACUGCAGGGCUUCCCACCCAACAAGACGAAGGCGAGCACCGAGAUGAAGCCAUGACGGAUGCCGAGGUCUUUCUCAACAACUUCGACCCACUGGCCAGUCGAGAGGACGACCACGGAGCAUCCAUGUCUCGCACUGCCAGCAUACGACAUCGCAACUUAGUGGAUGACGAGAAUGCUAGUGUGAUGAGCGGACGCCUGUCGCAUUCGGCAACGCCUGCUCGACUCCGUCAAGAGGGUUUGCUUAGUCGCACCUCAAUUUCCGGCAGCCACGGUGGAACGCCUGUGGCUACUAAUAUGCCGCACCAGAGCACUAGGAGUUCUCUAUUGACCGCUCGUGGACUCAAGCAGGAGCCAGCAGAGGCAACUUACACUUCAGAUGCGCAAGGCUUCUUCGCACGCCCCCGCACGCCUCCAGCAAGCCUGGCUCCACGGCGAGAGUCACAUACAGCACCACUGGGUGAGUCACAGCCUCUGUUCCUUCAGGAUAUGGAUCCUUCCACCGGCCGAAACGAGUACAAUAAGCAUAUCCCUCCCGACGCAUACCUGUACAGCCGUGCGGCACCGCAUCUGGAAACAGAGGAUCAUGGCAGACGACAACAUUCUCCAGAGCAUGUGCACAUGCGCCAUGAACGGGCUGGACCGGUGCAUUAUGUCGAGGUUCCCAGCAACCAAAGAAGAGUAGUCCAAGUCUCGAUGUCGCCAGAGGUUAGAAUGUAUGAACGCGCACGGGUACGACCUGGCCGUCUUUACUACGUGGAUGAUGUGCCGCAUAUCACAUCCAGAGACCAUGGCUCAUCUAACGACGCCUACAGUGGUGACCCAGCGGACUGGUUAGGCGGGGGCUCAGGAGGACCCCCAGUCUACAAUCAAAGAGCUGUUGCGGAACAGACAAUUCGGCCCGAGGACUGGCCCCCUCCAGCAAUGCGCAGACCAGAGCAGUACGUGGAUAGAAGGUUUCGUGAUUCAGGGCCGACCCGCGACUUACAAGACCCUUGA